CUCCGGUCACGUGACGGAGGCGCAGGUGAGCGCCGCUUCCGGGGUCGGGAACCCGCAUCGCAGACCGCCUCAGCUUCCCCUCCGCCGGUUUCCCGGGAGACUAUGGCGUCCUCCUCGGUCCCGCCGGCCGCUGUACCGGCGGCGACAGCGGCCCCCGGCGCGGGUUUCGGCUUCGCCUCCAAAACCAAGAAGAAGCAUUUCGUGCAGCAGAAGGUGAAGGUGUUCCGGGCGGCCGACCCGCUGGUGGGCGUGUUCCUGUGGGGCGUAGCCCACUCGAUCAAUGAGCUCAGCCAGGUGCCUCCCCCGGUGAUGCUACUGCCAGAUGACUUUAAGGCUAGCUCCAAGAUCAAGGUCAACAAUCACCUUUUCCACAGGGAAAAUCUGCCCAGUCAUUUCAAGUUCAAGGAGUACUGUCCCCAAGUCUUCAGGAACCUGCGUGAUCGGUUUGGUAUUGAUGACCAGGAUUACCUGGUAUCCCUUACCCGAAGUCCCCCAACUGAAAGUGAAGGCAGUGAUGGUCGCUUCCUUAUCUCCUAUGAUCGGACUCUGGUCAUCAAAGAAGUAUCCAGUGAGGACAUUGCUGACAUGCAUAGCAACCUGUCCAACUACCAUCAGUACAUCGUGAAGUGUCACGGCAGCACGCUGCUGCCCCAGUUCCUGGGGAUGUACCGGGUGAGCGUGGACAGCGAGGACAGCUACAUGCUUGUGAUGCGCAACAUGUUCAGCCACCGUCUGCCCGUGCACAGGAAAUACGACCUCAAGGUUAAGGAACUGCCCACCCUUAAGGAUAUGGACUUUCUCAACAAGAACCAGAAAGUUUAUAUUGGUGAAGAGGAGAAGAAAGUCUUUCUAGAGAAGCUAAAGAGAGAUGUGGAGUUCCUAGUGCAGCUGAAGAUCAUGGACUACAGCCUUCUUCUGGGCAUCCACGACAUCAUUCGGGGCUCUGAGCCAGAGGAGGACGGGCCGGUGCGGGAGGAGGAGUCAGAGGGGGAUGGCGACUGUGGCCUUACGGGGCCUCCCGCUCCGGUGGGCUCCUAUGGCACCUCCCCUGAGGGUAUCGGCGGCUACAUCCAUUCCCACCGGCCCCUGGGCCCUGGAGAGUUUGAAUCCUUCAUCGAUGUCUAUGCCAUCCGGAGUGCUGAGGGGGCCCCUCAGAAGGAGGUGUAUUUCAUGGGCCUUAUUGACAUCCUGACACAGUAUGAUGCCAAGAAGAAAGCAGCUCAUGCAGCCAAAACUGUCAAGCAUGGGGCGGGGGCAGAGAUCUCUACUGUCCAUCCUGAGCAGUAUGCUAAGCGAUUCCUGGAUUUUAUUACCAACAUCUUUGCCUAAGAGACUGCCUGACUUCAUGGUGACUGCUGCUCUAUGUUUCAGGUGGUGGGGGUCUGAGAGGCAUGGGGGGAUUGUGGAUGUUCUGGCCACUAACUUCUUCUUUUCCUCUUCUGCUAACUUCAGGCUACAGGCUCCUUCCAUCCAAAUAACUCCAUCUUGUUGAGUAGGCCCUUCCUGGCCCUCAGAGAUACCGAUACAUUGUUUUCCCUCCCCUUCCUUCCCUUCUCUCCCUUCCCUCUUUCCCUUCCCCACCAAGUCGGCUUGCUUCAUUAGAGUGUUUACUGUUGACUCUCUCCCAAGUGCCUUGAUCUUUGUAAAAUGUCCUGUUGUUUCCAUAACAGAGGAGGAGCUGGGGGAAGGGGGUUGUUGGCCAUCUUCAAGACCUGACUGGACAGAUGGACCUGGCCCAAGCAACUUAACUCGAUGCACUUUGCUGUGUGGGAUGAACUAAGAGUAUCUGAAUUUUGCUGAUAACUUUAUAGAACUCGUUGUGGCAUGCUUCCUUCCUAGUAGGCCCUGGGAUGGAAGAUUUUCAAGACACUACAGAUGUGGGUGCCAGCAUGCACACAUACAUUGGGAUAGGGCCAGUCUUACCGAGGUGCGGUGGAGAGUGGUUGGUGGGCUGGCAGCUUGUGGAGGUGGGACCUAUGAGGACUCCUGUGGUUAUUUAGGGAAUUGGAGGUCUCUGCUGAGGGUUGACUACUCUCGGGUCUCUUCCCUCACUCCACCUGCCCCCACUAGAGACGGCCACAGUGUUGAAUCCUGGGUGAAGCUGUUUGACCCCUGCUGCUCUUCCCCAGGACCUCACAUCCCUCCUGGGCUGGAACCCUUCAGUGGGGGGGUGGUCAGUUCUGGAGGCUGGACGGAUGAGCCAAGGGUGUAAGGUUCACUCCCUGUGUUAAAUUUCCUUUCUUCAUGUCUAGCCAUCCCGGAGGUUUGAGUCCCAGCAGAAGGGAAUACCUCUACUUGGGUUAACCCUGGUCAUCUCAAGAGAAGGGGAGCCUCACAUGGGGGAGCGGCCUCCACUGCUUGGAAGUGUGCCCCUAGCACACUGCCUCCCCUGCCCCUUCUCAAACCCUUUUCCCAGUUGGAUUUGUUAUUUUGUUAUUUUCUGUCCAUCUUAACUGCUACUGUGUCUCCCAGGGGACAGAUGGGCCUCUUUGUCAUCUUCACUCUCCACCCCCAGAGAGGAGUCAGAGCCAUAACUCAGUCACCCAGCCCCCUCCAAGGAGAGUCGAGCUGAUGCAUGAUAUUCUCAGAAUGCAGUGGACCCUGAUGAGCUGGGAUAGUUCCCUUCCCCGCAAUGCCUUUGGGGCUCAGGCAGCCAUUCUUGUCAUCCUGCAUCUCCCCUGAGGCUUCUGCAUUUCUCUGGAACACAAAGAUGGGGCACCAGCAAGUGGCCUGUAGGGAUACAAAUACUCUGCUCUGUAUCUGACUGGACUGAUCUGUCUCACAAGAAGUCAUGAGGUCAUAAACGAGAAUUCCUCCUGCCCCUCCAUCUUCUGCUCCAAAGCAAGUAACAAGAGGAGUCCCCAGUUGAGGAUUGGAGCCCCUAUAAAAUUUUCCUGUCAGGAGCCUCAUGGAUGUUUUUCAUUCCACCGUCUACCUUUCCCUUGUUGAAUGCAAUAAAACUCCAUGACACCAGCAACUUUGUUCUUGAGAAAUGGGUUUUCUGACCCAUUUCUGGCUGAUGUAUCAUAAGCAUUAUGGUUUUCAUUUGUUGCUUCUGUUUUUCAUCUUUUUUUGUUUUAUUAAUAAAAAGAUCUCGUGUAUUUACUCCCAUUGCUGUCACUAUAAGGAAAAUAAAUUAUUGAA